AUGUGGGAACUGCGGUCAGCCUCCUUCUGGAGGGCUAUAUUUGCUGAGUUCUUUGCCACCCUCUUCUAUGUCUUUUUCGGACUGGGGGCCUCACUGCGUUGGACCCCUGGACCCCUGCAUGUCCUGCAGGUGGCUCUGGCCUUUGGCCUGGCCCUGGCUACACUGGUGCAGGCUGUGGGCCACAUCAGUGGAGCCCAUGUCAAUCCUGCAGUCACUUUCGCCUUCCUUGUGGGUUCCCAGAUGUCUCUGCUCCGUGCCUUCUGCUAUAUGGCAGCCCAACUCCUGGGAGCCGUGGCUGGGGCCGCCGUGCUGUAUAGUGUCACCCCGCCUGCCGUCCGAGGAAACCUAGCACUUAAUACGUUGCACCCUGGGGUGAGUGUGGGCCAGGCCACCACGGUGGAGAUCUUCCUGACGCUCCAGUUUGUGCUCUGCAUCUUUGCCACAUACGACGAGAGGCGGAACGGCCGCCUAGGAUCUGUGGCCCUGGCUGUUGGCUUCUCCCUCACCCUGGGGCACCUCUUUGGGAUGUAUUAUACUGGUGCAGGCAUGAACCCUGCCCGCUCCUUUGCUCCUGCCAUUCUCACCAGAAACUUCACCAACCACUGGGUAUACUGGGUGGGCCCAAUCAUUGGAGGGGGACUAGGCAGUCUCCUCUACGACUUUCUCCUCUUCCCCCGGCUCAAGAGUGUUUCUGAGAGACUGUCUAUUCUCAAGGGUGCCAGGCCCAGUGACUCCAAUGGACAACCAGAGGGCACUGGAGAGCCUGUUGAACUGAAGACCCAGGCCCUGUGAAAACUCCAGUUGGCUAGAAGGAGUAGGAAGCUUCUGGGUUUACUUGGAAGGGCUGAGCCAGCCCCUGGAUGAAGAAAGAGACUGGGGGAGGGACAUGUACUUCUUUAUUUUUUAAUUUAUGUGUGUGGGGUUUUUUUGUUUUUUUUUUUUUGUUUUUUUUUUUGCCUUUUGCCGUGUGAAAUCUUUCAAGUUGCAUUCAUGAGCUGGUUUGUGCAAACUUCCCUUUCUCCCCAUCCCACCUCUCUUCGCCGCUGUGUGUGCAUGAUUGUGCGUAUGAAUGUGAGUGAACGUGGCUGUGUCUGAGUUUUGGGGCACAGCAGGAGAGGUAGGGAAGGGAAAAAAGGUGUCAUCCCAUAUAUUCCUCUACCAACCCAGUGUGGUGAACACAGGGAACCAAGACCUUUAAGCUUCUGGCCUUUACCCUGCUGCCAGUCAAGUUUAUUAUGGCCCUAGUUUUAUGCAGGAGCAGGGAAGCAGGGAAGCAGGGAGUACUCCUCACAGGAGGCAGAUGGAGACAAGGCAUUCCAAGGGUUGGGAGAAGGGGUUGGGGGCAGGGAGAGGAAAUGGAGGUAUUGGCCCCAGAUCAGGCUCCACAUGUACCAAAAGGUUUUGGGGAAGUUAAUGGGAGAGUGUAGCCCACUUAUCUCAGGGAUGCUUGCCCCAGGGACUUGGGUGGGGAAGUAACUCUGAGAAAAGUGAACAUUGGGGUUUGAACUGUUUCUGUAAAGCCACAUAAACUUGUCUACAUCCAC